GUGCAGGUUCUCACUCAGACCACGGAGCUCGACAGACAACUUAUCCAAAAGGGUCUUACCACACGACAGAUACAAUAAAGCAAAAAUGGCCAGCACUCUGACCCGCGUUCUUCCCCGUCUCGUCUCUUCCCUGCACACCACGCCCAUCCUCAGCCGCCCACGCCCUCACACGGCCCUCGCCAGGACCAUCACCAGCUUCCACGGCCUGCAGGGUCUCGCGCAGCCAUGGCGGGUACCGACGGAAGAGGCUCCUGAGCUGGUGGAGAGCGGGGAACUGGCGCUGCACUUGGAGGCCCUCCAGCGCUGGCACGACGAGGCCGAGCUCCUAAGGGAGGUGCGAGUCCUUCCUCCGGGCGUUGACGACCAGAUCAACCUCGAGGCAGAGACUCGAGGCCAAGUCAAGGACCUGAUGGAGAGUCUGAUUGAGGAGGAAAUCCUGGACUUCCGUCGGGGUUGGGUCCUCGCCUCCAACUUUUAAUAUGGCUUUCCGUAAUUCCAUUUCACUUCCUGGUCUCGCCUCUCCUGCCUGUCUCGUCUGGACCUUGAAUGCGGUUUUAGGAUACAGUGACUGUAACUCUCUUCUAAGUUACUGAUGAAAGUUUUUUUUCUUUUGACAAGGGACAUUUCCCUAUAAAAUGUUUGUGUUGUAAUGACUGCAACCCAUGUUUAGAGGUAAGAGGGUUGCUAAUUGCUGAUCCAUUUUUAUACUAAAUUGACUGGGAUUCUGUCGCUAUUGAAGUAAUAAUCUCAUUUGAUAAAUAAAUUGAUAAAUGUUUA